GAAUAACGCAUUUGUCACCUACUUAACACCCUGUCUCCAACCCCACCCAUUCUAUAGGUAACGUUAAUCAUCGCGAGAUCUCACUGACGGGGUUCGGUCCAAAUCUCGUUUCAGCGGAGAAAGUGAAGUUUAGAGUUGGAAACCCAAAACAAAUGUGAUCGACGCUCUUUAAGCAGGGUCCCUGGCUCUGUAAAAUUUGAAAACCUCUGGUAUAUAAGCACAUAACACCAAAGCUUCUGUCCCUCAUGAAGCUAUGAGCCAGCCUUCCAGAAACCAUCGUCCGCAGAGAGAGAGAAACGGGGGACACUACAGUGAGAGGCGAGACAGAGAGCCCCGCAGCCGACAGGACGGUCCCAGUGACCGACGGUCAGCCAGCGACAGGUCAUCUGGCCAGCCCCCGUACUACCCCAGAGGUUCUCAGAGACAUGCGAGGAGCGCUCCUCGAGAGGAGCACCGGGAGUCAAAGUGCUCUUACAUCUGCUCCAGGAGAGGUAUUGUGUUAAUAUGUGCCGUCCUGACCAAUGCGUUGGUUCUCGUAUGCGUGGUGGCUGCUCACAUGUCGCAGAUGGGCAUGUCUGCGAUGGGUAUGGGCGGAACGAGCUUCAUUGACGCCAUCAUUCCUUUUGAGGGGGUGGAGCUGCAGCAGGUGCGUGAGCUUGACAUGCAGUUCGGACAGAUGAGAGCACCAGGAGUCUAUGGAGGUGUGGCCUUCUGCCUCACUUUUGGUGCACUUUCACUCCUGUUUUUAGUGUCCAGCAGCAAACCCCCCCACAUGCUUCCAAGGAAGCUCCUGAUUGGACAGUUUGCAUUCCAGAUCAUUGGUGCAGUGGGUUACGUGGUUGCGGUGGGUUUGUACCUGCACUUCGUGAUCUCAGUGAACUCAACUGAUGUGUGCGUCCGGCGUGAACGACUGUAUGCUCGUAACGGAUAUACCUGGAUGAACUGUAGCGUAGGUGGGGGGGAUGCAGCCGUCGCACUGUUUGGAAUCAUAACUGCAAUUCUGUAUGCUGCUGGGACCGUUUUAACGGGACAAACAAUCAAGGAUGUCAGCCAUUACUUUAAGGAGCGUGACCGCUAUGAAGCCGAACGCAGAGAACAACCUAGAAGUCCUCUGAAAACACCUCCUGAUCCUGACACUUAUGUCUGAGUUGUGCAGCAAAAAUAUGGACUGUAACCCUCUGGAAUGAAUGUAUAUAAACUGGUUUUAAUUUUUG